AUGGUUCUAACCAAGAAGUUCCUCAUUCUGGUCACCUUCCUUUGCAGCCUCGUCAACGCUCACACGUUUCUGCUUCACCCUCGCCACGAUGAUGAACAUGAGCACGACCACAAUGACACCUCAGGAACUGGUGCAGGACACGACAUGAGCCACGGUGCUUUCAACUUUACUCCAUCCGGCAUUGAAUGGCCUCAAUGUCUGCGCGACUGCUGCAAUAGUUUCUUCGAGUUCUUCCCCGAGCCAGUAAACAACCCACUAUGCGUCAACCAGGACUUCAAUACCAACGUCACUACUUGUGUAGCUCAGAACUGCACCACCUUCGAGCAAGGAGCAUAUGUGGCUGUUGCAACUAUCGAAUGUCCAGCAGAUCGAGAUGACCCGGUCGAUGUCACAACGAAUGGUACGAUACUGGCACUUCAGGCUGCUGGUGGAGAGCCACAGAACUGUACAGCUGUGGACAACUCCUCCAUAUCAUGCGAAAAUGGGACACAAACGGGCUCAGGGAGCUCUGGGUCUGCCGCAUCGGGUCUCACUGUAUCAUUGCAAAGCCCAGUGGGGCUCGCAGCGCUGGUUGGCCUCCUCACCUGUCUUUGA